AUGAGUCAUCUGCGCCAGCCGGCCGCGCCGCUGGGCUUGCGCGUGGGCGGGUUCAUGGCCCUCGCCUUCCACGCAGCUGCCGUGCGGCUUCGCCUGCGGCUCGUUGCCCCCGACCGGCCAGGGUACGGCGGCUCCACCCCUCAGCACGGCCGCACCGUCGCGGCGCACGUCCAAGACCUGGCGCACCUGAUGGGGACUUUGAAGAUCCCGAGGUUUGGCGUCCUGGGGUCCUCGGCCGGCACGAUGUACGCCCUGGCGCUGACGCUCGACCCGGUGACCCGCCCUAUGGUGGCCGGCCGCGUCACCCUGCUGCCCCCCUGGAUCCCGCCCGCGUCGCUGGCGCCCGGCAUCCGGGCACCCUGGAGCCUCCGGCUGCUGUCACUAGUGCCGGCCGCGGUGACGGGCCUGCUCAUAGGGUUUACUAACGGCUUAGUCGCAAAGAAACUGGCGGGUGACGGCGUCAGGGUGGCUGACAUCAUGACGCGAUCAAAGCCGCACGAGGUGUCUGCAUUCCUGGAGGAUCCUGCAAACGACGUGUACUACCGAGCGCUGAUCUCCGAGUGGCGCCGCCCCGGCGCGCCGGCCGGCACAGCCGACGAAAUGCUCCUCUGCGCGGGCGCGGCCGGCGCCACGCGCGGCCUCGGGUUCUCCUACAUAGAACACGUCGAGGCGCCGGUGCGGGUGUUCGCGGGGGUGGAGGAUUCGCUCGUGAACAUCGAGCACGUGCGGGCGUGGGCGGCCGCGGCGGGCGGGCCGGGGAGGGUGGAGGUGGUGGAGGCGGAGGGGGGGACGCAUGAUGGGGUCGUGCACACCCACAAGGCCGCGGCGCUCGCGGCGUUGGCGGGGGACUUGAGGAGUGCGGCCGGCGGGGCGGAGGGGCGGGAAGGCGGCGGCGCCGGCUGA